AUGGAACCGGAGCCAACCACUGCCGCUCUCCUCGAGGCUAUCACAGCCCUCACCGCCACUGUCGGGUCCUUGCAGGCCCAAAUCACAUCCCAAGGCCAACAGCUCAUUGAGCUUAAAGCCAUAUGCAAGGAAACCGCCAACCUCCUCAGGGACAAAGAUCAAGGAGCACCACAAGCCCAGCCUGGCCCAUUGACUGGGCCUGUCACUCCUCCCACCCACUUGGGAGGAGAAACCCACACUCCAGGAACGGUUAGGCCUGGGCUCAAGGCCCCAUUCAGGCCAUCAAGAGGAACAGGAUUUGACUCCGAGGAGGACGAAGAACCAAGGGUCCCUUACCCCCUUUGA